GACAGAAACACUCUAUUGUUUAAAUAGUUAGUAGAGGGGACUGGUUAUGAAACCCGGUAAACAUCAGAGGCCGAUGUCUUUGUUAUUGUUUCCCUUAGUCACGUGAUCAUUAUGACCGUGCACAAGGAAAAUCAACAUGGCGAUCGGAGUGACGUAUUUCGCCGGAUUUUUAGCUUAGAUUAAUCUCGAUUCGAUGAGUGUUAUAGCUACACUACUCAUUAGUCCUCGUGCCUGGAGUUAACCGCGCUGUGUUUGGCUGUGAGAGUUGUAGAAGAACGAUAGGGAUCGGUAUUUGGAAGUUGCCUGCAGCGAAGGACGAGGCACACAAGAAAAGGCAGGACGAUUGGUUGAGUGAGAUCACAAAGAUGCGUGAGAUCGACCAUGAAUUUCGAAAAAGGAUCGAAACGACAAGAUGUUUACCUGUGAAAAACACUUCGACGUAGAAGAUUUCGAAAUAUUUCAAACGGCGAAAAUGACGAAGGAGAAACCACGAUUCGGCGCCAUCCCUGUAGUAAACAUGCCAAGGAAAAGUCACGAGUCUGCAAGCUCUGCGCCAAGACCUGCUCGAUCGGUUGUCAAGGAGCACGAUCAACAACCCAAGGCAUGCUACAAGUCGUUUGGUGAAUUGUGCCAGCGAAUCACUUGCUUGAAAACCCUGAAAGUUUGGAAAUUGAAAACAAUGUCAGACAGACUUAUUCUGAAAAAGAUUGUAGAACCUUUCCUUCUCCCAGAAGUAGAAAUAAUGAUCGAUGACAGUCUUGCAUACACUGUGAAAGCUUUGGUCAUCCCUCUGUGUUGCUCACCGGCGUUCAGUCAGAAACAUUUCAGUAUGUGAAAUUGUAAGAGAGCUAGAGCGCUAUAAACUUUGCUGUGGAGGGGAAUCCAGUGAAUUAACAAGCCAGCUGUUUCAUCAUGUAAUUCCCAUAAAAUGAAGACCCACUUCAGACAUGUUAGCAGGGUGAGUGGUUUCCCAGCAAAGGUUUCUGGAGGUCAAAGGACUGCCGUCUCAUGUGCACGCAUAGUACAUAUUGGGGAAGGUGAAUUCCCACAAUGUUUGGAGUACAUGCUUUUCUCAAGAAAGACCGUAAAAGCAUGUAGAAAAAAACUGUAAGAUACAAUUAUCUCAUGUCAUUUGAUGAAUAUUUUUUAGUGCAUGUUCACAUAACAAUGACAGAAAGCAAUUUUCCUUUAAAUUUGUUGUCAUUGCCAAAUUGUAACCAUCUAUAUUUCAUUUGACUUUUCAGUGCAGUUACAGGGGUAGGAGGWUUUAGUGACAACAAAAGGGCUGUGUCUAAAUAAAGUCCCUUUCGUGAAAAAGAAUUAAUUGGCCCUUUUUAGUUAAUUGGUCAUCAACUAGUGUCUACUGAUAAAAUACUCUUGGCUGACACACUUUAGGGUUUCAGGAAAGUAGAAAUAGUUGUUUUAAAAGGGUAUAAAAGUUUGAUUUUAUUAGGAGCAUAUAAAACAAGAAAUAUAAUUUAUUAAAGAUCCAUUCCCAAGUUCUUAUAAUCUAUCUCACUGGUAACUUGAGUGAAUUUCAUUGUUUUAACAAGCCUGAAUCAAAGUUUAAAAAAAUUCAGAGUUAACAUUACAUUUAUUUUCCUCACUGCAAGUGGUGGUACUGAUCAUAAGCUACUAAUUAAGAAAUAAAAAUGUGAA